GACACAACUUCCGCCUUCCCUGUUAUGUUGUGUGGAACUUGCACGUUACGUCACAGGCCGAAGUUCACUGUAUUUCCCUGGAGGCUACGGAAAAUGUAAAACAGUUUGUCGGGACAACGAGGUCGAAGGUAAGGUUUUCCCGCUUCAAACAACAACGACCACGGCACAUCACCAAACAUGAAAUUGUUCCUGGAAACCCUACAAGUCAUCCUGUUGUCCAUCUGGUACAACGUGGAGUCCUUUAUCUACUGCUUUUUACCCAAGAAGAGGAAGAAUAUAUCCGGCGAGGUGGUUCUCAUCACAGGAGCAGGCAGUGGGAUCGGUCGUCUUAUGGCGCAGGAGUUUGCAGCUCUUGGCACUGCGUUGGUUUUGUGGGACAUUAACCAGGAAGGCAUGAAGGAAACGGCGCGAUUGGCCAAGCAGAGUGGAGCUAUAAGAGUUGACUAUUAUCUGUGUGACUGCAGUGACAAGAACGAGGUCUAUCGAGUCGCUGACCAGGUGAAGCGGGAGGUGGGCGAUGUCACUAUUUUGGUGAACAAUGCUGGCAUUGUGACAGGAACCAAGUUCAUGGAUGCACCAGAUUCCCUAAUCGAGAAAACAAUGGAAGUCAACACCAUGGCACACUUCUGGACCUAUAAGGCCUUCCUUCCUGCCAUGCUUGCCAAUAAUCAUGGUCAUUUGGUCAGCAUUGCUAGCUCUGCAGGACUCAUAGGCGUCAAUGGAUUGGCAGACUACUGUGCCAGCAAGUUUGCCGCAGUGGGAUUUGCAGAAUCUGUGGGUCUUGAACUCCUGGCAUCGGGCAAAGAUGGCAUAAAGACCACCAUUGUUUGCCCGUACUUCAUUAAUACCGGGAUGUUUGAUGGAUGUCAAACCAAGUGGCCUCGACUGCUCCCGAUCCUUGAUCCAAAUUAUGUCGCCAAGAAGAUCAUCCAGGCUGUCCUAACAGACCAGGUCUUUCUCCUGUUGCCCAAGAGCAUCUACAUCAUCGCUGCUCUCAAGAACAUCCUCCCCACGAAGCAAGGCACUCUGUUGGGUUACUACCUUGGAGCCUUCAACCUCAUGGACUCAUUCCGAGGAAGAAACAAAAAAAAGUUAUAAAGGAAAAGGAGAGCGGAGUCCUUUCAACCAUGAAACCACACAGACCACGUCCCUCCAAUGCAGCAACAAAAUGCACACGUAUGUACAGUAAUUUGUACACGUAUUCACACGUAUAGCAAUAAUUCAUUAUUUGUCACAGAGCAAACGGUGAGGGACAUUUCAUCUUGUGUCUAAUAGAUCCUCAAUGUCAUUUAUGUUCAUGUACUCAUAAUUAUCACGUCACAGAGCAUUUCAUGAGCAUCGUUAUUCAAGUCAUUUAUUAUUGUCUCUGUUAUUAAAUUAAAUAUUAUUCAAAUCUGGGCUUAAAAAUAAAUAUCAUUUCCUCUGCAGCAUGUUCUCCCCGUGCAUGCGUGGGUUUUCUCCGGGUACUCCGGUUUCCUCCCACAUUCCAAAAACAUGCUAGGUUAAUUGGCGGCUCCGAAUUGUCCAUAGGUAUGAAUGUGAGUGUGAAUGGUUGUUUGUCUAUAUGUGCCCUGUGAUUGGCUGGCCACCAGUCCAGGGUGUACCCCGCCUCUCACCCCAAGACAGCUAUGAUAGGCUCCAGCAACACCCGCGACCCUUGUGAGGAUAAGCGGUAGAAAAUGAAUGAAUGAAUCGUUUUAAUUUGAGCGAUUCUGGUCCGAUUCCUCAUUUCGAUUCCGAUUCUUUUCAGGGGAGCGUCAUAAAAUGUUUGCAUGGUAAUCAUUUUAUGAAUUACUUAUUAAUGGCUAUGAAUUCCUCCCAGUGCUGUUAAUAACCAGUAUAUAAGUAUCAAAAGUGAGUGAGUAGUGAGUAAUAACAACUUCCUGGCUAAAGCUAGCAUUAACGUCAGGUAAAGUACACAGCAUUAGUUAGCCGGAUAUUUGAAUUAUACUGAAUUAUUAUACUUUAUAUUCACAGUAUAAAGUGUAAUUUGUUUGCUGCUUCGAUGCCGGCCUAAGAUCCACCUCAUUUAUUGUUUUAUUUACGACGUAGCUCGUCAUAAACGGGGCAGUAAACCAUGAAGCAUUCACACAAAUUAAAUUCUGCACCGUUUUUCGUCUGUGAUUUUUUUUUUUACUUCUUAUUCCACCAUUUCUUUAGCACCUCCCACAUUUCCGAACCGAUUCAAACCAAAUCCAACAUCACAAGAUUCGAACCAUUCAGGACAUGUUGGCAAUCUUAUUAUGACCUUUCCAAAAACUCCUACGUUUGCUGGUUUGAUUCCUGAUCCAGCUGUAGUCAUUCACACUUAUUGAUGCAUUACAACAUUUGGUCUGCAUUUUUGCUUUCAAGGAUAAGAGGUAGAAAAUGAAUGAAUGAAUGAAUGAACGGACACAUUAAAUGGCGCCCCUUACUGGUGAAAAAAACAUUUUAUAAUUUUUUUAUUGUUGUGACAUUC